UAACAACAAGCAACAAGUCAAGAAUAGAUUUCAAGUGCAAGGAUAAUACCUGCAAAUGGAAGCUAUAUGGAAAAUCAACCAAAUUGGUUCAAGCUGGAAAAUACAAACUUGCCAAUAUCCCCAUACAUGUCGUGCACCUGCCGACCGGUUUGAUCAUGCACAACUAACAGCGACAAUUAUUGCUGAUGUGAUACGUGAUGAUCUAAAAGAGAAUUUGGAGUUGAGUAUAAUGAGUAUACGUCAAUUGGUUCGACAAAGAUAUAAAACUGUGAAGCCACACUACAACAAGUUGUGGCGUGGGCGGGAGUUGGCCAUAGCUCAACUUUUUGGUAGUUGGGAAGAAUCAUAUGGACUUGUCACGUCAUUGUUGGAGGCAAUGAAAGUAUCUAAUCUAGGCACAAAAUAUCAACUUCUAUCAAAUCCUACAACACAUGAAGGGCGUCGAGCAUUCAAAUGUUUGGCUUGGGCUUUUGGACCAUGCAUUGAAUCUGUUCCUCACCUUCGACCAGUAAUUAGUAUAGAUGCAUCUUUUUUAUCUGGUAGAUAUCAGGGCAGGUUAUUGAUAGCAUGUGGAUAUGAUGCUGAAAACAAGUUACUACCACUAGCUUUUGCAAUAGUGGAGAAGGAAGAUAGUGCCAAUUGGGGUUGGUUUAUGAGAUGGCUACGAAAAGAGGUGAUUGGUUUUGGUAAAUUCAUGUGUGUUGUUUCUGAUCGUCAUAAGGCUAUAAAGUGGGUCUUUAAGCAACCACAUAUUGGUUGGAAUGAAAGUGGUGGUGAAUGUGUCCAUCGAUUUUGUUCCCAACAUAUUGCUGAGAAUUUAUACAAGCAAUGUAAAAAUGAUGAAGUGAUAAAAACAUUCAAGUGGGUUGUUAAGAAGAAGAAACCUCGCAGAUUUGCAGAAGGCAUGGAUGCAAUUACACAAAGUUGUCCUGAUGCAACUGAUUAUUUAAAAAAUGUGGGAAAAUAUAGGCAAGAGGAUAAGGACGAGUCUGAUAAGCCCGAGAAAGUGUUCCAGUGCUUUGAUGGUGGUUACCGUUGGGGUAUAAUGACAAGUAAUGGUUCUGAAUCAUUAAAUAAUGUGUUCAAGUACUCAAGGAGACUGCCUAUAACAGCAAUAGUGGAGGAAACAUUUAACAAAUAUUUAGAAUGGUUUGUUGAUCGAAGAAAGUUUGCUCUUGAACAUGUAAAUUCAAGGAAAAUGUGGUCCGAGCGGGUUGAGAAUUUGUUAGUGAAGCGAGGGAAUAAAGCUGGGUCUAUGCAUGUGACUUCUUAUGGUGAUGAAGGUGGCGAGUAUGAGGUGAAGGUUGACUGUGAACGAGUUGCGGUUGUUCAAGGAAACCAUACUAUGUAUGUUCGAAGAGAUUUCAAGUAUAAGGUAAUCAUACACAGUAAUACUCCUCCGAUGUGCGAAUGUUUAAAGCCAAACCUUACCGGAAUACCUUGUGCUCAUGUCCUUGCUGUUUGCAAGCAUAGAAAUUUCAAUGAGAAUCAAUUUAUCCAUCCAUAUUACUCUGCAUCAACACUAGCAAACACUUGGUCGGGUCAAUUCCAUCCAUAUGGAAAUCAGAAUGAGUGGCCACCAUAUGUUGGUCCAAUCAUUGUGCCUGACCAGAGGUUAAUACAACAGGGUCGGCGGAGACAUAAUAGAAUCCCAAUGUAUAUGGAUGAAAUGCAAGGUCGACGAUUGGGACAUCAGGCACAUCGUUCAACAAGAGAUAAAAAUCAAUCUGGUGCAUCAUCGAGUCGGCCUUAUAAUGAUCUAGUCAUCGGGAUUUAAUAUAUUCCAUAGAACAAAAUAAAAAAGCUCAGAACAAGACUAGCUGGGAACACUUGUGAUGCAAUGUCUUGUGUUAUUUCUGGGAUAUAUGUUAUGAAGGCUACAGUAUAUUGUGAUUGUAACUUAAUAAUGCCCCAAAUUUUAAGGGUAAAUGAACUGACAUUUGUAUUAUUAUUUUUACUCUGUAACAACGUUUGCUUAUGAUUUGUUCGGAGU